AUGGAUCUGGACGCACGCAUUAAAGCAUAUCGCUUCGUGGCAUAUUCUGCCGUUACGUUUUCGGUUGUUGCCGUAGUUUCGGUCUUUGUGACCCUUCCUAUGGUAUACAACUAUGUUCACCAUAUCAAGAAGCAAGUUCACAACGAAGUGAACUUCUGCAAAGGAUCCGCUAAGGACAUCUGGAAUGAGGUCCACAGCCUUAAGGACAUCCCUGUAGCCAAUCGUACCGCUCGUCAAGCUUAUAACACCGGAGCUGCUGCUGUCGGUGGUGGAUCCGCCUCUGGCGGAGGAGGAGGAUCAUGCGAAGGAUGUUGCCAACCAGGACCUGCAGGUCCAUCGGGUAACCCAGGAAAGCCAGGAAGACCAGGAAAGCCAGGAGCCCCUGGUAUGCCAGGAAACCCAGGAAAGGGCGGUUCUGCUCCAUGUGAACCAACCACUCCACCACCAUGCCAACCAUGCCCACAAGGACCACCAGGACCACCAGGACCAGCUGGACCAGCAGGAAACGCUGGAACUGAUGGACAACCAGGAACCCCAGGAGGAGCUUCUCCACCAGGACCCCCAGGACCACCAGGACCACCAGGACCAGCCGGAAAUGACGGAGCUCCAGGACAACCAGGAGGACCAGGAGAACCAGGAGCCUCUGACAUGGGAGGACCAGGAGCAGCUGGACCACCAGGACCACCAGGACCAGCCGGACCACCAGGACCAGACGGAAACUCCGGAUCCGGAGGACCAGGACCAGCCGGACCACCAGGACCACCAGGACCAGCUGGAGGACCAGGAUCCGAUGGAAACCCAGGACCACCAGGAAGUGCUGGACAACCAGGAGGAGCUGGAGAGAAGGGAAUCUGCCCCAAAUAUUGCGCCAUCGACGGAGGAGUUUUCUUCGAGGAUGGAACAAGAAGACGUUAA